AUGAUUCAAUUAAAGACAAUUCUCAACUGCAUCGACAACUCGGGCGCCGCCCUCGUCGAAUGCGCCCUCGUUGUCGGCCAGAAGCGCCACGCCCGCAUCGGUGACCGCAUCGUCGUCGUCGUCCAGGAGCACCGCGCCGCCGCCUCGUCGGGCAUGUCGGGCGUCUCCAACGCCGCCAAGGUCAAGCGCGGCGAUAUGCGCCACGCCGUUGUCGUCCGCACCAAGUACCCGACCCAGCGCCGCGACGGCUCCGUCGUCCGCUUCGCCGAUAACGCCUGCGUCCUGCUCAACAAGGCCGGUGACCCCGUCGGCUCCCGCAUCAACGGCGUCGUCGGCGCAGAGCUCAAGCGCAAGAAGUGGAGCAAGAUUCUCUCCAUGGCCCCGAUGCAGGCGUGA